CAAACCGAACAGAACAGCCUUGCAAUUUCAAAAACAGCAAAAAAACACCACACUCAUACCACAGACUCCAUUUUCUAUUUUCCCAUUUCCAGCUCUCUUCAAUGCAUAAUCACCAACAAAUUCUCAACAACCAAACACCUCCAAAUUAACAUUUUUUCUUUCUUUUAAAAUUUCUUUAUAAUUUCCUUUUUAUUCCUACUAAAUAUUUUUAAUAGCACUAUCCAAUCACCAAUCAAUUCACCAACUGCUCUUCUUGUUUGUUGUAUGGGAGCAAAUGCUACCUAUAAUUGCAUGAACGUCGUCGUUUUCGUUGAUCAUGAAUCUCUAAAACCGUCAUUUCGUUUCAUAAACCCUAAGUUUCAUCGUAACGCUCUCUUUCUUUACAAUUUCUCACCGUCGCCGCUACCAGCUGCGGUUUCUCCGUUUCCGUUCAGUUUGAGUUCUUCAUUAUCGACUCAAAUGGAGGAGGAACGGUCCAUUUCUCUUCUUAAGUUUAUGGCUAAUGAAGGACUGGUUCCUCCUCUACAAGAAGAAGAGAAGAGGAAAAAUGUUCUUUUAAAUCUUAAGAAGAUAGUGGUGGCUUGGGCUAAGAAAGUUGCUUGGCAGCGUAGACUCCCUAAAGAACUAAUUACAGCUACAUAUGCUACAAUUUUGACUUACGGAUCUUACGGUCUCGGUGUUCAUGGUCAAGAGUCUGAUAUUGACGCGUUAUGUGUUGGGCCUUAUUUUGCUACAAUGGCUGAGGAUUUUUUCAUUGUUCUGCGUAACAUGCUUAAAAGCAGACCAGAAGUAUCGGAUAUAUACUGUAUAAAGGAUGCAAAAGUUCCGUUGAUGCGGUUUAAAUUUGAUGGGAUCUCAGUUGAUCUUCCAUAUGCGCAGCUUCAAGUAUUAGCAGUUCCUGAUAAUGUGGAUGUACUUAAUCCAUUCUUCCUAAGGAAUAUUGAUGAAACCAGUUGGAAGAGUUUAUCUGGAGUUCGUGCAAAUCAACAAAUUCUUCAGCUUGUUCCGGAUCUGGAGAAUUUUCAAUCAAUGUUGCGAUGCAUUAAACUAUGGGCGAACAGGCGUGGAGUGUAUGGCAAUCUUAAUGGUUUUCUGGGAGGAGUUCAUUUGGCGAUUCUUGCAGCAUUUGUUUGUCAAAAUCAUCCAAAUGCAAGUGUGAGUGCUUUAAUAACAAACUUCUUUACUACAUUUGCCAUGUGGCCGUGGCCUACACCUGUAGUGCUGCAAGAUGGAAUGUCAUCACUAGCUGGAGAUUUUGUUGAGACACGCUCCUUCAUGCCUAUUCGAUUGCCCUGUAGUCCACAUGAAUAUUGCCAUUCGAAUAUCACAAAAAGCACAUACUACAAGAUCAGAACAGAGUUUCUCAGAGGAUAUCGCUUGACUAAGGAUAUCGUAAGGCCUGAUUUUGUCUGGAACAGCAUUUUUGAGCCUUUUCCUUAUUCAAAGACGUAUAACCGAUUUGUGAAGAUUCACCUUUCAGCUCCUGAUCAAGAUACGCUAGGAGACUGGGUGGGUUGGGUUAAGUCGCGUUUCCGCUGUUUACUUCUUAAGCUUGAAGUGAUGCAAGAUCGUUGUGAUCCCAACCCCUUAGAAUACGUUGACAUGGAUGUAUCAGAACCAAAUGUUAUCUUUUACUGGGGUUUAAAUCCAACUAGGAGAGAUUUUGUGGAUAUAGAAUCAGUUGAGGAGGAUUUUUUGAGGAAUUUAUAUAGCGGGUGUCUUGGAAUUCAUAGAAAGAUGGAAUUGUCAAUCGUGAGAGCAAUAGAACUGCCUAAGAAUGUUCAGUUCAAUGGCGGAAGUGUUAAGAAAACGAAAGCAUAUUGGAAGGCUGUUGACAAGAGGACCCCGGCAUUUUCGCAACAUCUUCCCGACUAUUUUGUUGGGUAUUUGGCAACAAAUGGAGAUACCAAGUAAUCGAGUGAGGGGGGUUAAAACUUUUGAAAGUGACAUUGGUGGCCAGUUGCUAACUGCUAACUAUUCGUUUUCACUGAACUAUCGAGUUUCUCGGUUUACAGUUGCAGUCGAGUCGAAAGAAUUUACAACCAUUCAUUGUGGAUAAGAAUGAGAUACGUUCAACUCCAUAACUAAAAGAUUGAUUUGAUUCUAAACAGUAGAAAGUCAGAAUUUUGUAACAAAUUGUAGUUUUGUAAACUUGCUGUCUAUAUUGUUUGAUGUAUUUUUUUCUCCA